UGUGUCGAGAUUUUGCUGUUCUGGAGGACCACACCCUGGCUCAUAGCCUGCAGGAACAAGAAAUUGAGCAUCAUUUGGCAUCAAACAUUCAGCGGAGCCGUCUGGUACAGCAUGAUCUGCAGGUGGCUAAGCAGCUCCAAGAGGAAGACCUGAGAGCCCAAGCUCAGCUCCAGAAGCUCUACAAAGACCUUGAACAGCAUGAUUGUGAAAUUGCUCAGGAAAUUCAGGAGAAGCUGACCAUUGAGGCUGAGAGACGACGAAUUCAGGAGAAAAAGGAUGAGGACAUAGCACGCCUUUUACAAGAAAAAGAGCUACAAGAAGAGAAAAAGAGGAAAAAGCACAUUCCAGAGCCUGUUGGGGGCCGAGCUUUUGGAGAUAGCUAUUAUCAUGAAGAUGGAGACCAGCCAAGGUCAAGGAGGGCCAGGGAAUUGGGUUCUGGAUACUCAAGGUUUUAUAGACUCCAAAAUGAUGGGAAGACCAUAAAGCAGAAGAAGGAGAAACCAAGACAUCUAUUGGAGAACUUGGAAGAUCUAGAGGAACCCUGUUCUUCAGAGAGAUCUCUGCCUUCUUCUAACUCGGGCAGAGGGAGGGAUGGUGCUCAUCCUUCCAGUGAUCAGCAUGAAAGAAAGCAGGCUGGUCAAGAGAGGCUCAGCAAACUUCCACUUCCGAAGAUCAGUGGUGAGGUAUUUCUGAGCUCUGAAUCUGAUGACUGGGAAGCAAACAGUAGCUCUAGAACUCGGAGUCGGGAAAAGCAGUCCCGACACCAUGGCAGACUUUCACCCAAGUCUUUACAGAAAACAGGGUUUCCCUCUAACGAAGUCCUGUGUGGGAGGGACCGUGGGCAAGGCCAUCACAGAGAAAGGAGACGUAAGCCUGGGACGCCUUCCUUCUCAGAUGACGAAGACCUUCAGUACCACCGUGACGCAGGAACAAAACCAAGAGGAAUAAAAGAAGCUGUUGGUACUCCUGCACGAGUGACCCACAGGGACCAGGAAUGGUAUGAUGCUGAAAUUGCUCGAAAAUUGCAAGAGGAAGAACUUUUGGCCACCCAUGUGGACAUAAGAGCGGCUCAGGUUGCCCAGGAUGAGGAAAUUGCUCGACUUUUGAUGGCCGAAGAAAAGAAAGCUUAUAAGAAAGCCAAAGAGCGAGAAAAAUCAUCUUUGGACAAAAGGAAACAUGACCCUGAGUGCAAGUCAAAAGCAAAGUCAACACACUCAAAAUCAAGAGAGAAUGAAGAAGCACACCGUUCCAAGAUUGACAGGCCAUCACGACCACCACCACCUACAGUGAUGGACCCUGAGGAUCUGGACCACACCCAUUUUGCAAACCAUCACAGUGCCACUCGUCAUUUCUCAAAGUCGGAGUCCUCACAUAAAGGUUUCUAUAAUAAGCAGUAAAACAAAAUGAAACAAAACAACAACAACAACGAAACAAAAAUGGAACCUGCCUUGAAAAUGGAUUUGCUGUAGCACGUAUUAACUGAACGAUACAAAAUGCAUUCCACAUUGGCUGUUCUCCUUCUAUGUGCCAUUCCUGGGAAUUACUCUCAAGUGUUUUCCUAAUUAUAAAAAUUUCAGUUCACUUCAGAUGUUUUGGUUGUUCUGGUCACUUGGGCAGUAUAAGGAAAUAUAGUUUCUGAAUAUUGGCCACCUUUUAUCUGAAUAAAUUUCCUGGGAUGUAAUUAGAACUGUGUGAAAUGACACUCGCUAUGUAUAGGAUAUUGGCAUCUAGGGACUAGGAUUUUAUUUAGCUUUUAGAAGAGUACAGAGAUACAUUAUCCGGUAAAUCAUAACAUCUUGAUCCAAGAAAGUAUAGUUAAGUAUAUGAAAUAGCUGCUUUGUUGUUUAUUCGUUUGAUAUUUUGAAGGAUAUAGUGUUUGGUCUUUAUCCUCUUCCAAAAAAGUAAAAUCACAACAGUAAAAUAUAGGGGAAAUUCCCAGAGCAGUGGAUUCUGUUACUCUAGAUAUGUGGCUCUGCAUAGAUGUGUAACUAACCUGUUAGGAAAGUUGCUCUGGGAGUCAUGCUGUAGCAUUGUGCUGCUAUUUCCUCAGUAGCAUGUCUUUCUGAAGCCUUUGGGCAAUGCAUCACAUGUUAAUAUUUAUUUGUAAAAACCUUAAUUUUCUGAUACUUUCACUCAGGUUCUUGAAGAAUCAACUGAAUAUUAAAGAAAAAAAUACCUUGAUUUUCUAACUUAAUUGUGGAGCCAAAGGAAAUAGGACAAGUUUCUUAAGAGUUGAUUCCAUCAGUCUUGCUCCUAGGAUGUAGCAGUUUUUGUUGGCAACCACUCAGUGAUGUUUUAUGCACCUGUAAUGAUUAGAUUAAUUCAACAUAAAGUUGAAUUUGAUGAAGUGAGUCAUUAUCCAGGUAUACAGUUCUGCUUCUAUGUUGAUGGCCAUCAUCGUCCUUUCCUCAAGACCUUUAAACUCUUCUUCAAAACUUGAGUCUUUAUCUGGCUGCUAAUUUAUUGAAGUGUUUAUUUGCCCAUACCACUUAGUUAAUAUAAAUGGCAGCCAAGCUAUGUCUAUAGCUGAUGACAUUCUCCCUUGCUGUUGUUUUCAUUGUAUGGAUUUUUUUGUCACGUCAAUAUACUGUUUAUUUAGGAAAGAAGAAAAUAGGUUGCUGAGAGAAAUAAUUUAGGGACUGCCUGCCUUCCAUUUGCCUUGUCUUUCCAGAUUGUUUUAGCCUUGGGAGGAUUCUAGGAAACUGUUCCCAAUAGAUUUUGAUCUCUGAUUUCAUAUCUUUGGUUUCAUAAAGUUACAUAUGAUAGAAAUUUGAGUGAAAAGCAGCGAAGAGUGAAACUGUGGGCAAACAGUAAUUUUGUAAGAAACAAAGCAAGCAGGCAGACAUUUAGGAAGAGUGAAGAGGAGGGGAAUUAGAAGCCUGAGUGCUGGCCAUGAAAUACAUAUAGGAAGAUCUUUCAGACAAAUGGAAAACCUAGCCUUAAGUCAGAGUUUGCACGAUGGUUUCCAUUAUCAAAGCUUAGUCUUGUUGGUUUAUGCUAAUGCUGCAUUUUUCUUUAUCUGCCCUGUGAUUUUACUUCAUGUUUUUAAAGAUAUUUUGUAAUGGUAACCUUAAAGGAAAAGUAUAGUUGCAUUUUUAUUUGAUAGUUAGGCAAAACAGGCAGCAUCUUUUGCCAUAUUUUUGUUUUAUAAACGUUUAUUUUUCUAUCAUAAAAUAAUCACUUUUACUUUGAAAAUGCAUUUCUUUUGCCUUUCAUAGACUUCAUUUUGUUAUAUUUAUUACUGUAAAAUGAACAUAUUUCAGUUUGAAAAAUGCCACGCCACUUAACCAGAAUACUGGAGUCUUACUUGUUUCAGUGGGUGGCCAGAGGCAGAGCUGCCCAGAUGACAGCCAGCUUGACAUCAGUAUUGGAAAAUUUGUUACUUUUCAAAAGUUUGUUUUUAAGAGUAGAAUUUUAAAAUAUUUUGUUUAUUUUUUGUAAAGUGAACAGUUUUUAAGACUAUUAGUAAUUACUACUUAUGACUAAGAAGAUAGAAAAUGUACUUAAUUAUUCUUAGUUAAUGUUCUCAAAUUUUUGCUAUCACUCAAAUAGUGCAUCUUUGAGAUGAUAGGAGCCGCUAACAGCUCUUAAUGGACUGCUACUCUUCACUGUGGGUUUUGCUCUUUAAUUUGUCAUUUUUGUAGAAAAAUGAAAGCAUUCAUUUUGUUCCUCCUGCUGUUGAAGUACAUGCAGUUUAAUUAUUAGGUACUUACUGUAUUAUGUUUUGCUGUCAACAUAUAGACUAAAUCUUCUGUCCUUGAGAAUUGUUUUGUUUCUAAAUUUCUCUUCAGGUCGUGCCCUUAUGACACCAGUAUUACAGAAUGAGCUAAGGAGCCUCAUCACAAGGCCACCUUAUAUGAUACUCGCUCCUAAAGUGUUUUAAACGGUCACUUAGAAAAGAGGGUAAUUAAAAGUCAGAUUAAAUUUCCUGACAUGAAAGAAAAUUGAUUCCAAUAUUCAAGCUACUGUUAGUAAUAAUUGCUUUGUUGGGAGAAUAGAUAAUUGUUUCUUUUAUUCUCAAAGAAUAUUGAGAAUUUUUGGAAGUGGUCAAGUGAUUUUAUGACAAAUGGCAGUAAUGAACUAAACACCAAACUGUAGUUUUCUGGUCUUUGGGAAGCAUCUGAAUUAGGUAGAGAGAUGUGCAUAGAUGUGCACCAGAAGAACCGUUUCUAUAGUGGCCUUGCUCACAUGGACCUAGAUAACCAUGCUCUAAAAUAUGUAACCUGUGUUCCAUUGGACUCUUCAGUACUGUGAUAGCUUCUCAAAAUCUGUUUGUGCCAAACUGAAAAAAAAAAAAAAAAAAAAAACUACUAUAAUAUGGUGCAUUCAUUCUGUUUGCCACAUAAGUGGUUAACAUUUUACAGUCUUGAUUUUUAAUGAGUAAUGCCUUUAUAUAAAACUCACCUUGGGUUACUAUGAAGAUCUAUUAUUUGAUACUUUUAAAAGAUAACUUCAGAUUGGCUGAGGUUAUCAGCCUAAUGAAGGGAUGAGGCCCAUGGAGAAAUAACUCAGAGAACAGACAGAAUAGAGUUCGAAAUAAAUGGCUUCUUCUAUUUUGGGAGGUGAGUGUUUGGGCACGUGGGGGGGGGGAUUGACAUUGAAAGGAAACAUUGCUCGCCUUGAUUUCACUGCCUAUGCUGUGUCAUACUCUUGUAGGAGGCUUUUUAGGACAACCUCUAAGAAAAAAAAAAAACAAACUGAUCUUUUAGAAAGAAAGAUUUUUAAAGUGUAUAAUGUAUGCGUGUGUGUUAUAUGCUGCUCACAGCAGUGAAGUGACCCCAUAUCUCUCCCUUCUGUUGGUGUCUGUGUGCUUUAGAGCCAUAGUUGUGUAUCUGACUGCUGACAGGAUGCUUAGUUCUUCCUACCGUGUGGUAGGACAAUGUCGGCCCAGAACAGCCUACUGUCUGGUGUCCUGUUAAUACUGCAUGGAGCAGUAUUCUCCAAAUAUGUGGUGAAAGUUGUUUUGUUUGGUUGGGUUUUAUCAUGAUGAUAUGUAAAGACAAUUAAAGGGAAGACUCAGAGGCUUUGGUUGCUUCUGCUAUGUAACUCAUCAGAAAUGCUCAAAUUUACUUGUAGAGGCUCCAAAAAAGCAAGAAUAAGCUAGGAAAUCAUUAAUGAUAGAGUCACUUUUCUGAUGAGCCCUGCACUUUAUGUCAGCAAUGUCUGUGAAAAUCAGUUUUUGCCUUAAAUUACUUUGAGUCCAACUGAGGCCAUUGUGUUUUGUGUAUAUGAACUCCUGUGAGCCCUCCAUUGGCAUACAAUUCAUAGAAGCACCUCAAACAUCAGCAUCAGCAUCAUCUGGAGCUUUGAACUUCUCCCACUAAAAGUGGGUUGACUUAAAAUAUUAACAAAUGUAUUUCUCAGUUCCCUGAGUAGCAGACAGAGGCAUGGCCAGAAGCACUGCUAGUGGAGAAUUCCCUGGCUGGAAUAUUCACACACAAUAAUCACUUUCUGAACCAUUGAAAGCUUCCUGUUCCUUUUUGUGAUGACUGUGCAAAACAUAUUUUAAGAGUUCUAUGGUUCAGUGACAACAAUAAGAUUAUUUUUAAAAAUUUUAAUGAAUAUGUUUAUGCAUUUGAAUGUUUAUUUAUCAUUAACAAAAAUAUGGAAAAACAAAAUGGAGAUGCUUAUUUGACAUGGUGAUAUGAAGAGUGUUGUAGUUUAUUCCUUUUAAAAGAAUUAAGCAAGAAACAUGUGGCUAUGAUAGAGAAGAUAGAAGAAUAGCUUUUAUAGGCUGUGUUUGAUGUCACAGACAAGCACAAUCAUGCAAGUAAUCACAUGAGUGUUUGCCACUGAAAGCCAUUCUCUUUCCCUUGUAAAUCUGAGCACUGCUACUAACAUGUUCACCAUAGAUUUAAUAUGCCUUUGUGCUUGUUAAGCAAAACAGAAAGUGGUUUUCUCAUUUUAAGUUGCUUUUCAUGAUAUGAUGAUUUCAGCAUUUAGAUCAGGGCAGAAUUAAUUAUGUAACUGUAUUGCCCUGGUCUUUAUUGAUGAGUUGCAAAUAUGAAGAAGGGUUUGAAUAACAAACUGACAAGGAUUGCAAACAGUAAACAGUAGGCAUUGAGAGGCUGAACUGUGAAGAAUUAUAUACUUUGGGUGUAUUCUACUGUACUAAAUUCAAACUGUAAUUGCAGAAAUUGAUUCUAGCUAAAAAUUUGGUAAGAGCUUUGGAUAUUAGAAGUUUCCUACUUCUGAGUAAAUGGUCUUUAAAUUCCCACAGGCUCUAGCUUUAGCAUUUGCUGUAAUCCAAAAGGCAGAUUCCCUUUCUCCAUGCCAGCUGUGUUUUUCAUGUAGCUUUUAAUGAGUAACCAGAUAUUAAUUUCAUGAAAUGAUGUAAAUAUUAGAAUGUAAAAUAUGGAACUGACAUAUAUAAGUGACAUUCUGAAAUGACAAAUCUCAGUAAUGCUGGCCAUUUCCUAAGAACAAACUAUUGCUGCAAAACAUUUGACAUGUGCUGGAUUUGAAAUACAAGUUUGUUCCAUAAAUCAAGUUUCUCAGGAAAUUUGAGGUGAUACUGCCAUUUGUGUUAUAAUUUAAAAGCUACUCUCUUGAGCUAAACUCUGCAGGCACUACACACUUCAUUUAGCAAGAGCCCUUUAAGUAUGCUGAGAUAGAUACACUUACACAACACAUGGCAUGGAAUCCAAGUGCUGGUCAGUUUAUAGUCAAGGAAGGAGGGGAGGAUAAUGACUGUGGAUUACAUAUUUCAUGGAGCUGAGCAAAACCUCAACAGAAUAUUGUCUCUUGUCUGAAGAAAGAGACCUCUUCCCACCACUUCCCUAUGUAGAGAUGGAGUAAAACUGUAAGGGACACUGUGUGAAUGCCUUAAGGUGACUGGUGGAGGUUUGGUGAGCAUGUAUGCAGCCAUCUGAAUUAGGUUGCGGGAAACAGUCUAUUCCAAACCAUCUUCGUACAGCCUUAGUUGCUCCUGUCCAUAACCUUGUUGAGGAAGAUGAGAAAUAUGGUGCUGGUUACUUUCAUGUAUCUGGGGAGGCUGACAUCAUUGGCUAACAUGUCCAGUGCCCAAGCCUUCCUUCAAUACCACUUGUACAUCUACAUCUGGUCAUCUAUGCAAGCUUGUGUUUUUGUGGUUUGUAUUUUACACCUGAACAUCAGGUUUAGCAUUGGUGUUAUAAAUACUUUUUAAACCAAAGUAUUAUAUGAGUAAGUGUGUGUGCUUUUUUUUGUGGAAGGUUUGAGCUAAACACAUAUCUUGUCUUCUCUUAAUAAAGUCGUCCUUUUAUUACAUCAA